AAUUGAACUGAAAUUUGAAUGUAGCUUUCUGAGCCGUCGUGCGCCCCCUUGCUGUAAACUACACAGCCAAUGAAAGCGAUCGACAAAAUAUCGCGAGAUUCACUUGAACGAACGAGCGGGAGUGACUUCCAUUUCAAACCCCAGGCGCAGUCGACGAUGUUUUUCUUUGUCGUUUCAUUUCAUUUUAAUGUAGUUUAGGGUUUGUGGGAUUUGGGAAUAUAUAAUUUUGUGAUAAACUACGAUAAGAAACGAUGGAUUCAACAGAAGAGGACAUAUCUGCUCGGGUUUUGUUGAGGAAAGUCCUGCACACAGAGUUACCCAGAUCUCCUGUAACCAGAAGUUCAAGCAGCACACGGCGGAGCGUGAGGCUGAAAAAUACCCCUGGUCUGGAGAGUCCUGGGUCUGCCUUACGUCAGAGACUCAAGAAGAAGCUCCAUGAGAGUGCCUCUCUGUCACCCCUCCCUUCACCUAAACGACGGAGGUCAACAGUGGCAAAGACGGACCCUCCUGUCGCAGCCCCGUCCCAACUGUAUGACGAGGACAUGACGACUCGUGGUCUGCUCAGGGGGAUCAUUCAAAUGGAGACUGAAGCAUCGCUGCUGAUGUCGGGUCAGCCAGCACUGCAAGAAGCAGAACCGAAUCCAGCCGAGUCUAGUGUGUCCAGUGCCGGAGAGAGAACUGAAGGUCUGUCUGGAGUGGAGCUGUCUGAUCUGACCCUGAACACUGAACCCCUGACGCAUGUGGUCAAAGGAUUGAGCCGCAGAAAACCACAGCGUGCCUUCAGUGUGUCUGCGUUGGAGAGACAGUUUGAUCAGCUGCCAGACAACACAGAGGACAUCUCACAUGUCUCUCACAGAGGUGAUGGCCCUCAAGAGAAAUCAGAUGCAUCUCAUGAUUUGGAUUUGUCUGCUGGCUUAAAGAGUGGGCUGAACCUGACCCUGAAGACCCCAUUUGUGGAGAAGCGCACAGAGAGGGCGGGGCUCCAGCGGAAGGUGUCCAAUCGGAGGGUGCUGUCUGUGGAUUCAUUUGACGAGGCCGUUCAGAGAUGCUUGGAGCAGGGACUUAACCAAGAUGUAGUUCACUCUGUAGUUCAGGAUGGGAAAACUCUAGAAGAUUCUUCAUGGCAGAAGUUCACGCUUGGCCUCAAUGAUGUCACAGAGCUAUACGUCCACCCGAAAAAAGAUGACACAGUAGGGCCAUCUGUAGAGAUGGAGAGGGACCAUGGGCAUGAGAGAGAAAACCAAGAAAAAGUUGACAAAGAGGUUCAUGUCAGCGAAAUUCCUGAUGUUAGGGAUUCAGAGCUUUUAAUUCAAGAAGAAAAAGACCAUGAGAUUGAGGCACCAUCACAGGAAGAGGAAGAGGUGGUGCCUUCAUCCCAAGAAGGAGGAGAUGAUGUAUUUUUAAGUCCUGGAGAUGAUAUUGUACUUGCUCCAACACAGGCAAUGACAGAAUCACUUCCUGAAUCUCAGUAUGUGGAGCUACAAGAUCGGGAGUCAAUUGUGGAAGUUGAGUAUGGGAACGUUGUGGAAGUUGAGUGUGAGAACGUUGUGGAAGUUGAGUAUGAGGAGGUUGACGAUGAGAACGUGGAGGAAGUUGAGGAUGAGGAAGUUGAGGAUAAGAACGUGGAGGACGUUGAGGAUGAGAACAUUGAAGAUGAGAACGUGGAGGAAGUUGAGAAUGAGAAUGUGGAGGACGUUGAGGAUGAGAACAUUGAAGAUGAGAACGUGGAGGAAGUUGAGGAUGAGAAUGCGGAGGACGUUGAGGAUGAGAACUUGAAGGAAGGUGAACAUGAGAAUAUUGUGGAAAUUGAGCAUGAGGAUGCUGAAGAUGAGAACAUUGAAGAGAACCCAGACGCAUUGCAUAAUCCAGAGCGAAUAACUCGCAGAGCUCACCGCUCAGAGGGACGAGGAGCUGUCUUGGGAGUGCCGGCCUUCACGAGAGUCACAAAGAGUUUUGGAGUUGGACUGAAUCCCAGAGAGAAAGAUCAUCUGUAUUUUGUUGACGGGAGCAGAGAGAGUUUGCAGGACGUUCCAGGUGAAGAAAGAGAACAAGCGGGCAGCCCUGUGGCAGAGGUCACCACACCUGAGCAGAGGUCGUUGCAACAUGAGGCUAGUCUGGCUGAGGAAGAUUUGCCCGAGCUUGCAGAGCAUCAUAAUGCCCCAGAGGAAGUUAACCAAUUGGAGGAGGAGGAGGAGCUGAUGGACUCUGAGCCAGCCAAUCAGAGCCCUGAACCUCCACAGGAAGAGGAGGAGGAAGAGGAUGAUGACGACGACGCACUUAGUGCAGAACUGUCCAUGAAAACUCCUGCUUUCGUAAGACAGAAGAGAGUGUUCGCAAGUCCUAGUGCGCAGACCACGCCCACAGUCCUUAAAGAAGUGAAUGCUGGUCCCGCCCCUCAGGUUGCCAAACGAGCCCCCAGAAAGAAGCGUCAGACGGGGGCUGAUGUUCUUCCUAAGAGUUACGUCAUGAGCGUGUUCAAGCAUUUCGCCAAGACCAAGGUGGCCAGUGACAUCUACCCUGCCAUUAAUGAAAUUCUUAAGAAGUACUUUGAACGGCUAGCAGAUGAUCUGGAAGUAUACGCUACUCACGCCAAACGUAAAACCAUUGAGGUUGAAGAUUUUGAGCUCCUCAUGAGAAGGCAGGGCUUUGUGACGGAUGGUACACCUGUGAAUAUACUGAUAGAGAAGUAUCUUCCGCUCGAGUAUCGGAAACUUCUCAUCCCGGUGGCCACCAGCGGAAAUAAAGUCAUCCCAACACAAAGAAGGUGAACAUGCAGACGUGACGUCCUCCUUAAACACUGGAGUAGACGGCUGCGCAUGUCUGCAUGUGCUCUUGUAAAUAUGUUUAUAUGUUAAAACGUAAAUGCCUUGUUUUGUAAAUAAAGAUUUGUGUAAUAUAUAUCUGUUAUUUGUUUUAUGCAGCACCAUUAAGAAAAACAAUAAACUUUCAGUUCAUUGUAUUUUUAGCCAUUUAUGUAUAUUUUCCAAAUCAUUUUUCAAAACGGACAUUAAAAACCGCAUGGACUUGAAA